ACGCGCGCCACGCGGAUGCGCGCUCCCUUUGUCCCACCUCCUGGCCGGCCCGCUCAUUGGGAGGAGGGAGCGCGCUUCGGAGAGAACGCGCCGCAGCCGUGCGUAUGUGGUCCGGGUGGAAACUGGAGCCGGCGGCGGCGGCGUUCCGGGGGCGGAGAGGACGGGGGAGGCGGGAAGGCUGCGCGCCGCCCGCUCCUCCCCACCCCCCGCCUCGGCCCUGAAGGGGCUGGAUGGGCGAGUUGGGCGCGAUGGCUCGAUCCUGGGCGGCGGCGGCGGCGGCGGCGGCUGGAGGCGGUGGCGCGUCCUCCUCCUUGCCCCGGCGCCGGCGGUGAUCCGAGCGAGUGGCCGCGGCCCCCGAUGAGACUGCUCGCGGGCUGGCUGUGUCUGAGCCUGGCGUCCGUGUGGCUGGCGCAGAGGAUGUGGACCCUGCGGAGCCCGCUCACCCGCUCCCUGUACGUGAACAUGACGAGCGGCCCCGGCGGGCCGGCGGCGGCCGCCGCGGGCGGCAGGAAGGAGAACCACCAGUGGUAUGCGUGCAACAGAGAGAAAUUAUGUGAAUCACUCCAGGCUGUCUUUGUUCAGAGUUACCUUGAUCAAGGAACACAGAUCUUCUUAAACAACAGCAUUGAGAAAUCGGGCUGGCUGUUUAUCCAAUUAUAUCACUCUUUUGUGUCAUCUGUUUUUAGCCUGUUUAUGUCUAGAACAUCUAUCAAUGGGUUGCUAGGAAGAGGCUCAAUGUUUGUCUUUUCACCAGAUCAGUUUCAGAGACUGCUUAAAAUUAAUCCAGACUGGAAAACGCAUAGACUUCUUGAUUUAGGUGCUGGAGAUGGAGAAGUCACAAAAAUCAUGAGCCCUCAUUUUGAAGAAAUUUACGCCACUGAGCUGUCUGAAACUAUGAUAUGGCAGCUUCAGAAGAAGAAAUACAGAGUACUUGGUAUAAAUGAAUGGCAGAAUACAGGGUUCCAGUAUGAUGUCAUCAGCUGCUUGAAUUUGCUGGACCGCUGUGAUCAGCCCCUGACUUUGUUAAAAGAUAUCAGAAGUGUCUUGGAGCCAACUAGAGGCAGGGUCAUCCUUGCUCUGGUCUUACCUUUUCAUCCCUAUGUGGAAAACGUAGGUGGCAAGUGGGAUAAACCAUCAGAAAUUUUGGAAAUCAAGGGACAGAAUUGGGAAGAACAAGUGAAUAGUCUGCCUGAAGUUUUCAGAAAAGCUGGUUUUGUUAUCGAAGCUUUCACUAGACUGCCAUACCUGUGUGAAGGUGACAUGUAUAAUGACUACUACGUUCUGGAUGACGCUGUCUUUGUUCUCAAACCAGUAUAAACACGUGGAGCUUGAAAUUUUCACAGUCCACCCCAAGAAUGUAUGCUCCGGAAGAGGGUCUGCAUUCUCAAUUAUGCGAAAGGAGGACCUUUGGGGACUGCCAUUCUAAAUAUCAUGUAGGAAUUUUAAAAGCCAAAAUACUAAUUAUUUCUUUGUAGUGUGUAAAAGGAAUGUUUUUAAAAAACAAAAACCCAACUCUUUGAGGAUUUUUAUUAACUCUACUCAGUAAUGCAGGUCACACUCCGAUUAUGGAAGAUAUUUUUUAUACUUAAUUGCAGUAGGGACUCAUUCCCAGGCAAAGCAAUAGUCAUGACUUCACAUGGAACCAAUAAAUAUGGAUUGUUUUUAAUAAAAUGAAGACUGGCAAUAAAACUGUCCAUCCAGUUGCAAAUAUUGGUUAUAGGAUAUAGCCACUGAUACUCUUUCAUGUUUAGAAAUUCUAUCAUUAUUCAAGAAAAUGUUUUUAAUCAUGCUAAUAAACUUUUUUGGAGAUGA